AUGGACCUCGACGUAAGCAGUAAUAGCGUCAUGAACGCAGCAUCGCCCGACCGAUUUUACGAAGGACGAGCCGCCAGCGUCAGUCUGGAUGAUCCCGAUGUCCGCAUGGCCGCCGAGGCCCUCGGGGACCUGCGAGCCGACUUCAUAAACUCCCCCCCGGCCCGCCAUACCUCCCUGCCGAGGGCAUCUCCCACGGUGUCCAUGACCUCGAACCCGUCCAAGUCCGAGGAGCCUUUGUUUUCCCUUCUCACCACCUCUCAUCCCUUGUUGGCGACCACGAUUGAAGGGGCCACAUCGGCUUACAACAAUUCCAAGAACUUUUCACCACGUUUCAAGUCAAGUGCCGAGUAUGUCGAAGGGUACUUGACCCCAAUCGCCAAUACUGUCGGUACUGUUGGACGCAAGACCGGUGUCGAGGGCGGCGUUCGCUGGUUUUUGGGCGCCGGGCGACGACACCAGUCUACCGACCCGGAGGCUGCCGAUGGAGGGUCCUACAAGAGGCGCAAGGUCGAUACCGGCGAAGACUUGGCUAGACUUAUGAUCGACGCGCAGAGCAACGUCAUGCCCGAUGUCGAUUCUCCCCGUGACCCCUACGUCUUCAAGCACGACCGCCGAUUGUCGAGGGCAAGCACCAUUGACACUCUGCCUGCAUAUGACGACUAUCGCUCACCGGCCUACACCGAAAAUGAAAAGUCCGAGAGGCCCACUGCUUCCAACGCCGCUUGGCAGUCUCGCCUGAUCAUGUCAACCUCUGGCCUAAGCGUUGCCAUGAGCGAGGAGAGCCUGAGGAGUCUGAAGUAUUGUCUAAGAUGGUUGCGUUGGGCUAACGAGCACAUUGGUGGAGUCAUCAACAGUCUCAAGUCCACUCUCGAACAGUUUGAGAAAACCGGCCAAUGCCAGCAUGAGGAACAAACCGACAUGAGCCACGACGGUGACCACAUGAUGGUCGAUAGCCAGCCCGAGUCCAUGUCUGAGCAGGAUCGCACCAUGUUGGCGGCCAGGAUCGCGUCCCUCAAGGGUGAUGUUCUCAAGACUCUGCGAGACGUUAUUGAGACCGUUUCCAAGUACGCCGGUGGUGCCUUGCCCGACAAUGCCCGCACUCUGGUCCGCCGUCACUUGACUACCCUUCCGCAACGCUUCCGCUACGCCAGCAUGGUCGAGCAACAGCAGGGCGAGAAGACCGGCGAACAGGCCCGCGAAGAAGCCAUGCGGGAAGGCGCCCAUCGCGUCCUCGUGCUUGCCAAGGAAGGUCUUGACAUGAUGUCGCAAGUCAGUGGUGUUCUCGAUGGCACCAUUGUCAGUGCCGAGGAAUGGUGCGAGAGACUAGGCAAGAAGAAGCGGGAUCAGCGCGAGGAGGUCGCCUCUCAAUCACAAUCGCAAGAGCGUGAUUUCAAGAUUGCCCCGGUCUAA